AUGCUAGGUCAAAAUUUUGUUUUUCUGCUUCUAAUUACCGCGGCAUUCGCACACAAAGCAUACCCUGUUAAACCUCUGCAUCUCACUUGGCAAGAAUGGCACAUGAGUGAAGAACAUCAAAUUGACACCUUUGAUCCUCUGUCCUUUUUCAUGCUUCAUGAUAUUCAAGGAAAAGGUCAUUGGACAGCGGAGGACAUUUUAUACAUAUACGGCUUGUCUCUUGAUUCCGUGAUCGGAGAUGGAAGCGGAAUGGGAGAACACGACCACGAGGAAAAGAUCUCUCCAGACUUCAAGAAGAAAGUGAUCGAGGAAGUUUCAGUGAUGUUGAAGGCAGAUUCAGAUGGAACUAUUUCCAAAGAUAAAUGGCUUGAGUUCGCCAACAAUGGCGGACUGUUACCCGAUUUCGGUGCUGGGCCUGGACACCAUUUUGACUUCGAGACCGAGUACGAAAACCAUCACUGGAACAAAUACCACAGAGAUAGCGACCCAGAUGUGCGAAUCAAGCACAAGGAGGAUAUUGUGCAUGAACUCUUGCAUCAUCAACAUGAGAUUGAGGAGACUCACGCUGACCAUCCUGAGGUCAGAGAGAAGUUGCAAAACUACCUCAGUCCAAUCAAAUUAGAUAACGUGCCAUCUAGAUACCUUUUUUGA